AUGGAUGGCUUGGUGGAACAGAACAGUGUGCUAAUGCACAAUAAGAUCACGGAAGCCGGGAAAAGGAAUGGUUUAAUUAAUACAAGGAACUUGGUGGCAGAGAGUAGAGAUGGGCUGGUCUCUGUGUACCCGACCCCUCAGUACCAAAGCCACCGAGCAGGCAGUCUUUCUUCUCCGGGCUGCCUGGAGAAUGGCAGGAAUGACCCUGUGCAGCAGCUCCUGGACCCCAACAUGCUGCAGCAGACAGUGGAGUCCCACUACCGGCCCAACAUCAUCCUCUACUCAGAGAAUGUGCUGCGCUCGUGGGGCGAGAGCAUCAGCUCAGAAUGCUGUGAAACUACCUUCAUCGAGGACCGCUCUCCCACCAAAGACAGCCUGGAGUACACAGACAGCAAGUUCAUAGAUCUCUCAGCAGAUGACAUCAAGAUUCACACCCUCUCCUAUGAUGUGGAGGAAGAGGAGGAUUUCCAGGAGCUAGAGAGCGAUUACUCAAGUGACACCGAAAGUGAAGACAAUUUCCUGAUGAUGCCACCAAGAGAUCACCUCGGCCUCACUGUGUUCUCCAUGCUCUGCUGCUUCUGGCCAUUGGGGAUUGCUGCCUUUUACCUGUCUCAUGAGACAAACAAAGCAGUAGCCAAGGGGGACUUCCACCAUGCAAGCUCCAGCUCCCGGCGAGCACUCUUCCUGGCUGUCCUGUCCAUCACAAUCGGAACUGGCAUCUACGUUGGGGUGGCCGUGGCUCUUAUUGCCUAUCUGUCCAAAAACAAUCAUUUAUGA